GCAUUGGAGGCCAUCCUUCAAGUGGUUAAUGCAUUUGUUGUGUCGUGUACGCUUAUCAACCACCCGAAAAGAGCGCUGAAUUGGGUAAGAGCAUUGAAAAUAUGGAAAGGAAGCAGGAAUGAUGAAUAUGAGAUUGGAAAAGUGAGUGACGAAAUGAGAGAGUUGCAGGAGAGUGUUGGCAAAGCAUAUGAAUGGUACGUGUACGAUGGAGAGAGUGCUUUCAUAUGUUCUCCCGCGCGAUUGACUGGUAUUUUGUCGUUGUGGAAUCUUGGGAGUUUCGCUCAAUACGGAUUAUCAGGCAUUUUGUGGUUCGUCUCUCAUCCUAAUCGUCCGCUUGGAGUAUAUCUCGUGUUCGAUGUUAUAGCUCUCGUUUGCUUGGUUGUGCCCAUUCCACUUGUUGUGAUUCAAGCCAAGAAAGCAAAAUCAGCUCGUCAUCUUGCCGUAUUAGAUGCAAGGAGCAGGCUCAUGGCAGGUCACAGAGACAUGAGAUCCAUGGAAAUGGCCGACGUAGAGUUGUAA